CGGAGCACCCAGAUUGCAUGUGUGAAUGCAGAGAUUUGUGAGACAUCGCAUUUAGACAGAGAUCUGUGAGACAUUGCAUUUAGACAGUGAGAGUUCCCCAAGAUGGUUGCCGAGAUGGCCACAGUGGAGAAGGUCGCCGAGGGUGUGAAGUUCCAAGAGUCUGAACUACCAAUUGACAUCAUCUAUUCCAAGCUUGCGGAAUGGCUUGUCGAUCGGAAGAAGAUUCCUGCGGAGUGGAGAAAGCGGUUAGGAGUUAUACAGCAGAAGAAGGUGCAGGCUUUGGCAUCGCUGCCAAGAGAUGUGGACACCCGGCUACUCACUUGCACGGAAGAAACAACCGGAUAUUUGGAAAGCAAGCAAAUUCGCGAUAUCCUGGCAGCUAGCAAGCCCGAGGCCAGAACACUGUUCGGAAGAUUGUCAGGAGCUGCGGGUACGUGGGAUGAGAUUGUGCGGCUGUAUGAGCGAGACAGUGUUUACUUAGGCGAGGCGGCGCAUAUUAUGGUCCAGAAUACGAACUAUGAAAUACCGUAUUUACGAAGACAGAUUGCGAAGUGGAAGCAUCAGCUUGCAGAUCUGGACAGAAAAGAAGCAGACUAUCGACGUAACGCUGCAGCAUCUGCUCAGAAGUUCCAACAAACUUGUGAGGAGCUCGGAAUUCAGGGGCGAGAUGUCAAAAAGGAGUUGUUAGAGUUGACCCUUCACUUGCCAGAUACGUUCAAGGAUGUUUCUGAUGCAGUGUGCGAUUCGAAAGUUAAGCAGGCCGUCGACUACUAUCGGUCGUUUGUUGCUUAUGCGCACACAGAAUCAGGUGCAGAGCCACCGGUUGUGGUCCACACGGUUGUUGAGCUCCAGUCCAGGCCCCCAGAACCAGCUGAGCUGUCGGCGAUCGGCAGGAUGUUCCUUGCGAAGGCAACGGCAAAAGCGUACGGUAAAGAAGAUCAGAACAGGCCAUUAAAUGGAACUGGUGAAAAGGUGUGCGAUUCAGAUGGUGUAGCGCCACCGUCAAUCAACUGGGACAUUGGCUCUGUUGAUCCUGCGGCAGAGCUCGGUUCGUCCACUGAUGACAAGCCUGUAGAAAUCAGCUGGGAUAUUGGUGAACUGGACUUGAAUCAGGAACCGCCUGAUGAUUUGCAAGUUGAAGGUGACACUAUUGCCAGUGGGACUCGGGAAGUGGCGGGUGUUGUACAUAGCAUUGAGGACCAAGAGCAGCAGAUGACGACGGAACAUGAGAUUCAGUGGGACAUCGAUGUGACAGAUACCGCACUUGCUGCACCGCUGGAGAUUGACUGGGACAUUGGAAUUGUGGUGCCUGAAGGGAUCGAUGGUGAUGGUGUCAGUGCUCUCCAAGCUUUAGGUAAUGAAGCUGACGGUGCUGGUACGGGAGAAGUUGAUGGAGUCGCAAGGGAUGAAACUCUACCUCAUGCGCUGUCAACUGUGGAGUAUAGGAACAUGCUCGUCAAUGAUCUCUUCGAGCUGAGUGCCUUUUUGCGACAGCGAAAAUUGGAACUAAGCAGCUCAAAUGGGUCAGCUAUGCUGGAUCAGUUACAAGUUAGCGCACCUGUGGAGGUGCAGCAGCACGGAAUCGCGUCUCUUGAGGUCAUGGACCAGGGAGUUUCUAAUGCCUUGAAGUUGCUUACUUCGGAUAAAACGCGCAACUUGAUCAUGCUGGCAACAUCAACUAGAUUUUUGGAACGGCUUGAGAAAUCAGUGCUAGACAAGAAAGCCAGUCAACGGAAACUUCUGGAGAGUGUGGGUGAGAUUGAGAAGAAGCGUGGGGAAGUUCACAACUUGCUGAAUGCAACAUGGCCCAAGCAUGAUGCUGUUCUGACUCGUACUCGGGAGCUGAAGCAUCUGGUGGAGAAAACGAUAUCAUCGCAGUAUGCAGGGAGGCCUGUCCAUAUCAUUGGUGAAAUAAAUAACGUAUUGGGGUGAGGUUAAGGCUGCUGAUGGGAUGUUCAUAAGCAGGAAAAGGGUGUAUGCGAAAUAGCAACUUGGUGUGACCUUAAGGCUGCUGAUGGAACAGUUGUAUGGAUGUAAAAUUCAGCUGGUGGAGUAUCCCACCCUUCCAAGCACUAAGACGUUUCGACAGUCGAUGUUUGUUGGUUCCAUGUUUUGCCUCGUACUGUAUGUUCUGAAGGGAGCGUGCGUGUGUGUGUGCGCGCGUGUGUGUGUGGGUGCGCAUGUGCGUGUGCGUGUGAGUGUGUGCAUGUGCGUGUGUGCGUGUGUGUGCGUGUGUGUGCGUGUGCGUGUGUGCGUGUGCGUGUGCAUGUGCGUGCAUUUGUGUGUGCGUUUGUGUGUGUGUGUGUGUGUGUGCAUGUGCGUGUGUGUGUGUGUGUGUAGCAUGUGUGUGUCACACGAGUUUCGUACAAGCACGACACAUCAUACCCGCACUACUCCGACUGACUACGUCAGCACACUGUGAGCAGGAUAUAAAAAGCGUGGGAGGCGAUUUUCCACAGCAGCAGGGUAAAACCAUUCGCGUGUCCACUUGUGGUGAGGGUAAAGACGAGGCCGUUUUUUAAGACGAAGUUUUGCCAAUUAAGC